AUGGAAACUGAAUACCUGAAGAAGUGCUUUGGAAAUUGCCUGGCCCAGGCACUGGCAGAAGUGGCGAAGGUUCGGCCCAGUGACCCGAUAGAGUACCUGGCUUACUGGCUUUAUCAUUACCGGAGUAUAGCCAAGGCAAAAGAAGAGCACAGGCAAGAGAAGAUGCGGCUGAAGGAGGAACGUGACGGUGGCCUCAAGGAAGCGGAUGUGUUAGACAUGCUGAAGCAAAGGGAGGAUCAGACCCAGCAGGAGACUGAGCGAGGCCACACGGUACGGAGAGGAGGACUGCUUUCUGCAAAGAAGGCCAUAUUCACGCCGGAAGACGCGAGGCUGCUUGAGAAGGAGGCCUUAGAGCAGGAAGCCCUGCCCAGUACUUCCAGCGUGAGUCCGGGAAUGCCUCAGCAAGCGCCUCCUUCCGAGUCAGCUGGCCAGAGCGACCGGAACGUCGAAAUGCCCUAA